AUGACACUUACCACAGAGGAAGAAAAAGAGGAGACAAGUCCACAGCCCAACUGUCUCCCCUGCAGUGAUGCCCCAGCCAGUCCAGAGAGUGCCGUGGAGCGUCUUCCUCCCCUGCUGUCGUAUGAGGAAGAAGGUCCGAUGGGUCGAUCUCCCUCUCUCCUCUCUGCCUCUCACCUCACAGAACGGGAACAGCUGGAGUUGGUUGCCAGGGCCUACCGCAGCUCAGAGUGUGACACUGAGUCAACUACUGGAGACAGCAGCUCUGAGUCUGAGGAAGAUGAGAGACAGAAGAAAGAUGAGGACACUGGGGGAGAAGAGGGGGAUGAGAAAAAUCAAUUGGAGAAAGAUUCCCAGCAUCUGUCCCAACAAAUCCCUGCUGUAGCAAGUCAGCCUCGUAUGCCAGAGACAAAAGUGGGUGUGACAGAAGAGGAACACCGAGGCAACGACCCCAGCUUUGUUUUCCUGCAGCUGUUCCACACGGCAGCCCCUCCAUCCAACCCUCCACUUCUCCUGCCAUCUGAUGAGGCGACUGCAAGAGCCAUCAAGUUGUUGGAUAGGAUUCCUCCAUACACCACACACAAGAUUGGAGUGGUGUAUGUCUGCAGGGGACAGAUGAGUGAGACGGCGAUUUUGGCCAACACCAGUGGGUCCAGUCGCUAUCAGCACUUCCUGUCAGGGCUGGGGCAGCUUCUGCGGCUGUCGUCAUGUGAUCCUGACCUGGUCUACCUCGGGGGGCUCGACAGAGGAGGCAAUGACGGAGAGUUCACCUACUUCUACCUCAGAGACACCACUCAAGUGGUGUUCCAUGUGGCAACUCUGAUGCCAACACUGACGUCUGACCCACACUGCUCCAAUAAGAAACUGCACAUUGGAAAUGACUUAGUCACCAUCAUUUUCAAUGAGUCGGGUGCUCCCUACAAAUUUGGAACCAUCAAGGGUCAGUUUGGCUAUGUGGAAGUUUUGGUGGAGCCUCUACCUGCAGGCGUCAAUAGAGUGAGUGUAGCAGUGUGUGGAGGAAUGGCUGGGAUGAUCUCAGUGGAGCCUGUCAUCUGCUCCUCCAGUCAGCUGCCAACUCUCGUCAGGACCAAGGCUUUGCAGGCCAAUGUACAUGUACCCUACCUCUCACUGGUGGACGACUGCGGUUUACUUAAUCAUGUUCCUCUCUCUCCCUAGUUUGCCUCCCGAGUGUAUGUCUCAGAGUCAUCAUCACGGGCAAAGCACCACCCUAACAACUGGCUCUGUCGACUGAGACAAAUCCGGCACA